CCGCAAACUUGUUUUUGAUGGUUUCCUCACCUUCUUCCUUCUGCCCAGAGAGACUGACAUGAGCAAAAGCAAAGUGGUAGUGUUUACUAUUUCCUUUUUCAAGUUUUUUAAACAGAUCUGAAUCCACUCCUCCACUUAGCCGUGUUUUGUCCAGUUCUGUAAUGACAAAAAACACCCAAAAAAACAGAUUAUUUUAAAAUAAAAUUAAAAAAAUCAGAACAGAAAGUAAAAAACUGAGACUCAGGUUUUAUUCCUCUCCCAAGGCUGCUAAAGGUUUUUCCACUGUCACCAAAAGUUGUGGUUCUGGGAUUUAAACCUCUCUCUCUCUCUUCUAAGUUCUGCUUUUUCUAUUCUCAUCCAUCAUCUUCAAAAUGAAAGCUUUGGUCUUUGAUUUCAUGGGGUAGGAUGAGAAAAGAUUAAACAAGUCGCUUAUCACCUUGUAUACAUUACAUUACAUCACUCUUCCAUAGGGCUAUAGCUGUAGCUUCACUAUCAUUAUACUAAAAAAAACCAAUAUUUCCCAUCGUUUUCCUCCCUCUUUUUCAGAGCAAAGUCCACUCUCUAUACUUUCUGAAGAUUUUUUUUUCUUUUUUUUUUUUCUUUCUUAGUUUUUCACUCCCAUGGAUUCCUAUGAAGCAACCAAGAUAGUUUUCGCAAAGAUUCAAAGUUGUGAACCAGAAAAUGCUUCAAAAAUCAUGGGUUACCUUUUGAUACAAGACCAUGGUGAGAAGGAAAUGAUUCGUUUAGCGUAUGGGCCGGAGACCAUUCUUCAAAAUCUCAUUCUCAAAGCCAAAUCCCAAUUGGGACUCUUGCCCACAAAUUCUCCAUCAUCAUUAACAUUAACAACUUCAACAUCUUCUGCUUCACUACCUUUCAACCCCAUCCCAAGGCAGCCAAACCCUUUGUCUUUAUCCACCGCUUCCUUGAGAAUCUCAAACAAUGGCUAUGAAUUAACCAACCCAUCUUCACCUUCUUCAAGUGCUUGGCCUUUAUCACCUGGUUUUUCCAAUUCCACCGCCACUACUCCAAGUUCUGUAGCCCCUUUGCUUUCUUAUGCUAAUGUUGUUAAUAGGAGCAACGUCUCUGUGUCUUCCCUUUCAUCCACUAUUGAAGAUUACCAACUUCAGGAUCAUAAUCUUCCUUUCCUCGGUGAAACAAAACACGAUGGUUUAUUCACCACUUCAAGGCCGCUCGAUUUGCAGAAGCAGAGCUACUCGAUUCCCGGUAUGCCUUAUGGGUCCGAGGAUGUGAAUUCUGGGUGUGGUUGGAAACCGUGUUCGUAUUUCGCAAGAGGGUUCUGCAAAAAUGGAGGUAGUUGUCGUUUCCUUCAUGGAGAUUACUAUUCGGUCGGUGGUGAUGAAACUUCUUCCAUUGUUGGUUCGCCGAAUGGCAUUAGUCUCAGUGAAUUUGAACGGUGCCAAGAGUUACUGAGAUUUCAAAUUGCUGCUCAGCAACAACAGAAACUUGCCUCGGCUUCACAGUUCAUGGCAGGCACUUCCUUGAUCCCUUACAACAAUUGCAUGGAUUUAGCACUUAUGCAACAGCAAAUUGAGGCCCAAAGAUUAGCAGCAGCUGCAUUGAUGAAGAAUGACUUUUCGGGCAUGAAUUUGAGUGGAAAUUUAAAUAAUCCGGGUUCAAGACAGAUCUACUUGACAUUUCCAGCUGAUAGUACGUUUAGAGAAGAAGAUGUUUCUAAUUACUUCAGCAAUUAUGGACCAGUAAAAGAUGUGAGAAUUCCAUACCAGCAAAAGAGGAUGUUUGGUUUUGUUACGUUUGUGUAUCCUGAGACUGUGAAGCUGAUUUUAGCCAAAGGGAACCCACAUUUUGUGUGUGAUUCUCGGGUGCUCGUUAAGCCUUACAAAGAGAAAGGAAAAGUACCAGAUAAGAAGCAAAAUAAUCAGUACUUGGAUAGGGGAGACUAUGCAUUGUGUUCAAGCCCAACUGGGCUUGAUUGUCAAGCAGAGAGAAUGUUUUGCAAUACCCAAGAGAUGUUACUUGCAAAAAAAUUAGAGGAAAGGGCUAAUUUGCAGCGAGCCAUUGAACUGCAAGGGAGAAAAUUGAUGAAUCUGCAACUCCAAGACCUCAAAGACCAUCACCAUUAUUGUCUACAUCAUCAUCAAUACCAUCAUGGUCUAUCCUCCGAGUCUUCUAUUCCAUCACCAGUUUUCUCUAAUAAGGCUCCCAAUGGUAGCGAAACCUUCAUUUUUCCACCCAGUGUCACCCAGCAAGAAGUGAAGCAAGAGGAUCCACAAGCUGUGACCAUUUCCUCAACUGCUGUUUUAGACGCUGAACAAGUGCAGCAGGGGGCAAGUCUAGCUUGCAAUUUCAACAAAGGAAAGUCCAAAGUUGAUGAAGAAAGUGACAUUCUUGAAAGCAUAGAGAAUAUCCUCCCUGAUAGCCUCUUUGCUUCUCCUAAGAAAUCAGCUGGUGAGCAAAGCACUGCUAUCUUCUCCACUGUAUCUGUAGAGGCGAAUGAAAGCGGUACCACAGGUGCCAUUGAUUCGUCUAACCUCAUUAUAGCUUCCCCAAAAUCUGCUUUCUCCAAAUGCCCAGGUUUUCUUGUGGGCAUGGAACCCCUCGAAUGUAAUUGAUAAAAGAGUUAUAGAUGGACAGCAAUGGGGUUACUAGUUACUUUGUUAGG